UUUCUUCAGUCUGACAGGAUUUCCGCAGAUCCUCCUCAGUGGCUCCAUGAUCACAUGUUUUCUACACAAUGAAACUCAAAUAGCUAUAUUUUCUCAAAGUAGCCUAUUUCACCAGCUGCUCACAAUCGGAUAUCACCAUGAAUAUAAGAACGCGUUGCCAAAUUGGACUGGAUUUUUAUGAAUUCUUGAAUGAAACAAAUCGAGCAUCAACCAAACUUAAAAGUGACCUCCGAGAAAUCUACAACUCAGAGUUUCGAAACAGGGAUGGAGUGAGAGACCCUAACUUCAGUUCGAUCCUGUAUGCUCUCAAGCUGUCCAAUAAUGCCAACGUCUACUCGGGAAUGGUGCACUUCAAACCAAAGGUGAGGGAUUUCUUUCAGGACCAGUGGCAAGGAACCCGGGGAAAGGGGCGUGGCCAGAAGCAGCAGGGGGCAUCUAGCUCUUUUCCUGUUCAGAAUGGAGGCAAGGUGAAUGGGGUGGGGCAGAAGAAUGGGGCAUUUGUGAGCGGGGUGUGUGUGUCGCCUUCAUCUGACCCAGCCCAGACAUCACACACCCCCAGGAGAGACUGGAGACUGGCCAAUUGCAUCCUCAGGAAGUUCAAGUCUGACAGAGCGGAGUUGAUCUCUGACCGUGGCGGUGUACGCAUCACUUCUGACCACCUUGUUGUAGACGGUCUGAUCAAGUUCAGUCUGGAGAGUGAGACCGAGGUGUACGUAGUUCGUCUGUUCCUGGAGAACUCCUCCUCCAGUCCUCUCUUCUUCACCUACUACUCUGCUCUGCACCGGAUGACCUGCUUCAACCUACAGGACAAGCAGAAAGUCACCCGCAACAACCCUCUGCAGCUGGGACCAGGUGACCGGUAUGAAGUGCAGCUCCAGUUCAAGUCCAGCCUCCUGGGUUUCUAUCCAGCCACUCUGGUCUUUGAGUUUAAACCCUCCAUCUCCUCCUCCUCCUCCUCCUCCUCCUCCUCUCCUGCCUUCCACCUGCUGCGGUUCAUCGAGGCCCAGUAUGUGACAGGGCUGGCCAGGGAGCUGGCCCCAACUGCGCCCUACAGACCUAGAGCUAUCAUCGGCGCUACAGAUUAUCUGCCUUACACUGUAGAGGAUGGGGAGCCACCUGCGAGUCUCUCAGCCAACAACCUGACAGCCGUGGAGCGUCUCUACGACUACAAGGUUCCAGGAUAUGUCAGAGAUCUGAUCAAGUUCCUCAAAGGACACGCCUCCUCCUCUACUCUUUCACUGGAUGCCCAGUCUAUCCUAGAGUCAGGUCUGAGUAGAGAGAAUUACUCUAAACGGUUCCAGCUGCUGCUGUAUCUAGAGGAGCUACAGAUGGAGGUGGACAUUAAGAGAUACAACAAGCCCAAUACUCCCAUGGUCCGAGACAAGACCAACAAGAAACUACUGGUGCUAGAGGUACCAGGUGUGUCCGAGAGCCGUCCGUCUGUCCUGCGGGGCGACGCCAUCCUGGUGACGAGGUCAGGUGACUCCAAUAAGGGGGGCGUGGUCAAAUACCGUGGUUACGUCCACCGCGUGGAGCUGGACUCCGUCAAACUGGGAUUCAGCAGCAGGUUUUUGUCCUCCUUCGUAGAUGGUCUGGAGUUUGAUGUGGAGUUCACGGUGAACCGUCUCACCACUAGGCUUCAGCAUAGAGCAACAGAGCUGGCUGACAGACACAACCUGGGGAAUGUACUGUUCCCUUCUGGAGACCCAACUAUCCAACCACCCAAAAAACAACCUCUCUUGUUGUAUGACAGGGCUCUAGAGCAGAACCCAGAACAAUAUACAGCAGUCCAGAACAUUGUAGCUGGAUCCUCCCGACCGGCUCCUUACCUGGUGUUUGGGCCACCUGGGACAGGUAAGACUGUGACAGUGGUUGAAGCCAUCAAACAGGUGCUGAAGACACAGAGUCACGCCCACAUCCUGGCGUGCGCUCCGUCCAAUAGCGCGGCAGACCUGCUGGCUAUGAAGCUUCUAGAACACCUGGAACACAGGAAGCUGUUCCGGAUGUACGCCGCAUCCCGUAACCCUGAAGAUGUGCCCAAUGAUAUACGGGACUGCUGUAACCUGGGUCAGGAUUGCUUUGUGUUUCCCUGUAAAGAGGAACUGAUGAAGUACAGCAUCGUGGUCACCACCCUAAUCACUGCCGGACGGUUGGUGACAGGUGGUGUUCCUCCAGGUCAUUUCAGUCACGUGUUUGUUGACGAGGCGGGACACGCCGUUGAAACGGAGACCAUCAUAUCACUGGCUGGGCUGCUCCAACCAGAGACGGGUCAGGUGGUUCUAGCUGGAGACCCUAAACAGCUGGGACCCAUCCUCAGGUCUCCUCUGGCUCUGAAACACGGCAUGGGUGUGUCUCUGUUGGAGAGGCUGAUGAAGGAUGUGUCUCUGUAUCAGAAGGAGGAGGAGAAUGGAGUGUUCAACAACUGCUACGUCACCAAACUACUGAGAAACUACAGGUCUCAUCCCUCUAUCCUGAAGGUGCCUAACGAGUUGUUCUAUGAGGAGGAGUUGCAGGUGUUUGCUAACGAGAUGAUCCGGAACUCCUACUGCACCUGGGAAUACCUGCCUCAGAAGAAUUUCCCGGUGGUGUUCCAUGGUGUAGCUGGUCGUGAUGAGCGGGAGGCUACCAGUCCGUCUUUCUUUAACGUGGCGGAGAUCGAGGUGCUGAUGGAUUACCUCAAGAAGCUGCUGCAGGGGCAGGGCAAGAGGGGACUCGCCACAAUCUCACCCAAAGACAUCGGUAUCAUCGCCCCCUAUAGAAAACAGGUGGAGAAGAUCCGUAAAGCCUUGAAGAUGCUGAAGAAAGACUUCAAAUCGACCAGCAUCAAAGAUCUGAAGGUGGGGUCAGUGGAGGAGUUCCAGGGUCAGGAGAGGAGGGUGAUCCUGGUCUCGACGGUCCGCAGCAGCGCCAAGUACGUCCAGACAGACCAAUACUUCAGCCUUGGUUUCGUCAAAAAUGAGAAGAGGUUCAACGUGGCGGUGACCAGAGCCAAAGCCCUGCUGAUUGUGGUGGGAAACCCCUUAGUGCUGCGAGGAGACCCCACCUGGGGCAGGUUCCUCCAGUUCUGUUCCCAGGCGGGGGGGAAGACAGGGUUUGACUCCUCCCAGGCUGAGGGAGAGGAGGAGGUGGUGGAACGCCUAGCUGCCCUCUGCUUACAGGCUGAUCCCCACGUGGAGACGGAGGAGAGUGAGAUUCAGCAGCAGAUCGAACCAGAGUGGAGGAACGAGCAGUGAGAGACACGCACAUCGUACAGGAGACCCAACGACCAUACUGAUCAGGAAUCAAUUCUCCCUACAAACAUCCUCUGUCAUCCCUAGUACAGAGGUUUUCAAAGUGUGAGGCACGCUUUCCCCCAGAGUUUCAUGUAAGGAAAUCCAAAUCAAACUGUAUUCAGUUCUCUAAUAAUGAAUAAAUACGUUUUUAAAAAGGUGUCCCAGCUUUUGGGGCGCGGUUGUCUUGAUGUUCUCUGAAUGGAGGCCCACUGUCUCAGACUUUGAAAGCGCCUGCCCUAGUCCUACUGCACUAAGUAACAUUUGGUACCAGGCCAAUGUUGUAUAAUUUCAAAACAAGGACCAACAGUUUCCUACUCCAUACCAGGUGAACUUCCUAUGAGAUCCUUCAGGACCAGUCCUCUAGGAUAGUGAAUGAAUUUAUAAAAUGACUUUGUACCCUCUGUCUAUGCUGGUGUUUAGUUGUAUUAUUAUGAGUGUUGUAUGUGGUCUCAGACACGGACUGAGACCAGGAUUAAAUCCCAUCGCCCUUUGUCGGCUAUGCAGCCUUUAAUGGAAAUGUUCCGCGUUCGCGGCUCAAUCAGAAAUGACCUUUUUUAAAGUGAUUUUGGCAAUUAAGCUUGACAUUUUAAAGGGAUAGUGUGUGAUUUUUGCAAUCCUUUUUACUUACUCAGAGUCCGAUGAACUCAUGGAUACCAUUUGUAUGUCUCUGUGUGAAGUUUGAAGGAAGUACAAAGUAGUUUCACGAGCGAUUGCUAAAUUGUGUCAAUGCAAUGGACGCUAGUUAGCAACCUUCAAACUACACCUAGAGAGUUCAUCUCAUGGAUGACUGUAUGUCUGUCCUGCCUUUAAAAUCUGUGCUGCUGCUCCUCUACUGUUCGCUAGAGGUUCAGUUCCCGAUAAAUUCAUCAAACUAUUUCUCUGCCGGUGUGUCUGACCUUGUUGAUGUAAUCAAAGAUAAACUGGAAUAAAUCAUAUGUCUGAUCUAUUGUCAAGAUUAACCACAGAGAUCCUAUUAAAUUACUAAUAGGUAAUUAUGCUUUUAA